CGCACCUUUUUUUUUUUAUUAUUUUCCUUCUCUUCCUUUACUUUUAAUAUUGUUUGUUAUCUCUUCAAUGCCAUUGGAUAAAUCCUCUAUCCAACAACAACAUAGUAGUAGUGCUACGACGAACGAUAACAGCAACAAUAGUGAUUUACCACCACCAUACACCGUUACCGACCAUAGCCGCAACAGCCAUACUAGUUAUAAUGAUGUCCCAAGCUACAAUCCUUCGUGUGUAAGUGAUGCUCAACCAUCAGCACCUUCCUUAUACCCUUCUAUUCCUCAACAAUUACCUCCAGUUGAUCAAAGAGUCUCAUUCCCCACGCCGCAACCAUAUAUCCAUCAUCCACCACCACCGGGUUUAUAUCAUCCUCAUUCCACUACUCCACUGCAACCUCCAUACGUUUCACAUUAUGGUAGUGUUCGUCAUAGUCAACCUGGUGGGUUCCAUACCAUCUAUAUUCAACAACAACAACCAAUAGUUCAUCGUCGAUUUCCUAUAGGUGCCAUUAUCUUUAUCUUGGGUUGGUUCUGUCCUCCGUUCUGGGUACUUGGUGCCUGUUGUUGUGCUUCCAGUAGUAAUCCCUAUGAAGCCUGGUGGGCUCGUCUGAAUUUGACCAUGGCCUUACUUUUAUUAUUCUCUUCCAUUCUUUAUUCCAUGUUGGCUGUCGUUAUGGGUGAUUGGUUCUUUGUACAGUCUUUCCUCUUUCGCCAAGAAAUCUAGUCAGAUGUUUCCCCCUUUUUUUUUUUUAUGGUCUCUUCCUUUUUUUUUUUAUGAUAUUCUCCAUGCCUUUAUAUCUUCUUCUUUUUACCCUUUUUAUUAUUAAUUUUAUUAUCAUUAUUACUAUUAUUACCAUUGUUAUUGCAAAUCCUUUUGUAAUAAAAUGAUCGGCAUUUUUUUUUUAAAAGAAAAU